GGGGGGUUCGCGGGGGUGGAGGAGUUCAGCAAAGUUUCCUCCACGUUUUUCCGGGUUUCGCUGGAUGUCAAGUUUCCUGUGUCGCCCUGUAGCCAUCACACUCUGGUGAGGCAAACACACCAUGGACGAGCAAACGAGGCACCGUUAGUUUGCAAGACACGUCUGCUGGUGGUCUUAUCUCCUGAAACCCCCCUCGCUGGUCCCACUGCAGCGAUGUCGAGAGAAAACACGACCCGGAGUUUGGACAGUAUAGACCUCGCUGCUCUACGAGAUCCAGCUGGUAUCUUUGAGUUGGUUGAGGUGGUUGGAAAUGGAACGUACGGGCAAGUCUACAAGGGUCGUCAUGUCAAGACGGGCCAACUGGCGGCUAUCAAAGUCAUGGAGGUCACAGAGGACGAGGAGGAGGAGAUCAAACUGGAGAUCAACAUGCUGAAGAGCUACUCGCACCACAGAAACAUCGCCACCUACUACGGAGCCUUCAUUAAGAAAAGUCCUGCGGGCCAGGACCACAACCUCUGGCUGGUGAUGGAGUACUGUGGCGCGGGCUCAGUGACCGACCUGGUGAAGAAGACCAAGGGGAACAGCUUCAAGGAGGACUGGAUUGCCUACAUCUGUCGGGAGGUGCUCAGGGGUCUCACCCAUCUCCAUGCCCAUCACGUGAUCCAUCGAGACAUCAAGGGUCAAAAUGUUCUGCUGACUGAGAACGCAGAGGUCUAACUGGUGGACUUCGGGGUGUCGGCCCAGCUGGACAAGACGGUGGGCCGCAGGAACACCUUCAUCGGGACGCCCUACUGGAUGGCGCCCGAGGUCAUCGCCUGCGACGAGAACCCCGAUGCCACCUACGACUACAGGAGUGACCUCUGGUCGCUGGGCAUCAACCGCUCUUGAGAUGGCGGAGGGGGCUCCACCGCUGUGCGACAUGCAUCGAUGAGAGCUCUGUUUCUGAUUCCCCGAAACCCCCCUCCCAAACUCAAGACCAAGAAAUGGUCCAAGCGCUUCCUGUCGUUCGUCGACCGCUGCCCUGGUGAAGAACCACACGCUGCGGCCCAGCGCGGAGGCCCUGCUGCGGCACGCCUUCGUCAAGGACCUGCUCAACGAGAGGCAGGUCCGCAUCCUGCUGAAGGACCACCUGGACCGCACCCGCAAGAAGAGGGAGAAGGGUGAGUACCGGGGGGGGGGGGGGGGGGG